AUUUUACUUAUUUAUUUAAUCACUUACAUAUCAGAGCUGUUUUUGUCUGUUUCAGGGUUGCUGCUCUGGUUCCCAGCCUGACCUGGCAGCCCUGUAGAAACCUGACCUAUUUCAGCGUGAAGAAGGGAAAGAGGAAAACGGUAAAAGCGGUGACCGACCGUUUUAUGCGGUUGCACUGUGGCCUUUGGAUCAGGCGGAAGGCUGGAUACAAGAAAAAGCUGUGGAAGAAGCUGCCUGCCAGACGAAAGCGUCUGAGGGAAAUGGUUUUCUGUAACAAGACUCAGAGCAAACUCUUGGAUAAAAUGACCACGUCUUUCUGGAAAAGAAGAAACUGGUUCCUUAAUGAUCCAUAUCUGAAGUACCACGACCGUGUCAACCUCUGACUAAUCUACUGAUGCUGAAUAACAUGUAACAAAGUCAAACAUCUGUAUUGUUGUCAUAAAUAAACUAAAUGUAAAGAGAA